AUGGCAACGGCAGCCGGCUUCUUUCUCGGCUCUCCUACCACAGCAGACUUGUCAUCCGAUCAUAAGAACAACCCCAGUCACAAGCCCUUUCCAACCCUCUUCGAAAUGAAAUCUGUUACUAUUUUCGCCAUGUCCCUUGCCAGCGCGGCCGCAGGCGUGGCUGGUGCGGCGACAACUACCUUCCCGACAGCCAGCGGCGAGACUGCCCUGCCUACCCCCAUGGUCGUGUCUGGGGCGUUCGACGGAGGCAUGAAGAGGUACAACCGGAACCCCGACACCUGCGAGGGCCAGACGGAGACGGAUGAGGAUGCGGCCAUGUUUAUCGUCGAGGACGGCGGAAGCAUCUCCAACGUUGUCAUUGGCAAGGCCCAGGGUGAAGGUAUCCACUGCCGGGGUGCUUGCACCUUGGCCAACGUGUGGUGGGAAGAUGUCUGCGAAGACGCCGCCACGUUCAAGCAGGCCGAAGGCAAGACGUCGUACGUCAUUGGCGGCGGAGCUCGUGGCGCCUCGGACAAGGUCUUCCAAUUUAACGGCCGCGGAACUGUGUCCAUCAAGGACUUCUAUGCCGAGGAUUAUGGGAAAGUUAUGCGGAGCUGCGGUGACUGCACUGCUAAUGGAGGACCUCGCCAUGUGGUAAUUGACGGCGUCAUCGCCAAAGACGGUGGACCACUGUGCGGGAUCAACAGCAACUUUGGCGAUACCUGCAAAAUCUCGAACUCGUGCCAAACUGACGGCAAGUCGUGCGACAGAUACAAGGGUGUCGUGAAGGGAGACGGUAGCUCGGAGAAGCUCGGGAGUGGCCCUGACGAUGUUUCGUGCUUCGUGACCUCGCUCACGGAGACGUGCUAA